UGCAGACUUUCAAUUCGUAUUAACUGUUGCUCCUAUCGAUUUAAGACUUAUAAUAAGUUGUCGGUGCUCUUUUUUGCUUUGAAGCAGUAUUAUGUUAUUUUUUUAAAUGCCUGGUGGAUAACGCUUUUAAGUAAAUCUCUGCUGGGUGGGGCCUCUUUCCUUGAAGAAUUUGUUAUAAAUCACAGCGAACGGAGGAAAGGAAAAACGGCGUUUUCUGUCACUGCGUCCUUUUCUCCACACGUUUGUGCUUGUCCUCCUUGAUCGGUAGCUUUUAAAACUGUUUAAAAUCAUAGUUUAAAACGUGUUGUGUUGCAUUGGCUUCUUGGUUUAGUUUUAAGUUUUUAAACGGAAUUUAAAUUACGAAUCAUUAUAACUUUUGAUUAAUUACGACAGCACCCAAGGUGGGACACCGUUAAUCCCGGUGUAAUACACUAUAUUCCAUGUAUUCCAUGGUCAAGAUAUUCCCCAAUAUGAAAUACUUUUAAUUUGCUUAACUGAACUUAUGUGGCAGGAUGUUUCCGAAAUGACAAAUGUAUAACACUGAGAAUUAAUGUCUGAUAGGUGAUUCGUUUUUCUUUGCCAGUUUGAUCUUUUUAGCAGCGUAAUGCUUUACUUUGUGGAUGGGGAUGUGCAGGGUGAGCUGGUCUGGUUUAGCAGCAGUCCGCACUUCCCACGUAGCAGAUGCUGGUUUGCCUGGGAGCGACGUGACGGGAUGGAGCCGCUUUUUCUGAAACCAGUGUUAACCUACGGGAAAGCCUCGUCUUUUGUGGUUUACCUCUAAAAAACAAGACUUGACUUUAUGCAUCGCACCUGGUGGGUUCCCGCCAGCACAAAUUUUAUUGUGGUAAAUAUGUAUUGAACAUUGUUUUUUCUAUAUACGGGAAAAUGCGGUGUUUUAACUAAAACGGCACACUGCUGUCUUAACUGUACGUGAUCGAUGACGACUAGGUUUUUUUGUCAAAAAAGGAAGGAAAAGAGGAGAUAAAAAUACAAAUCCAUAUAAAGGCAUGGUUUGACUUUAGCUGUAUGUCUGCGAACGUUAGUUUCACUAGUCUAACCUAGCUGUUGGCUCUGCUUUAGAAGAUGGAACAAGUUGUGACAUUUGAGAGGGUAAAUCGGUGUUCAGAAGCACCAGAUGCUUUCCAGGCUAUUGGCCAUAGGCAGUCGGUCAUAUCUCCUGAGCUGUAACUAAAACAAAGCACCGUGCAACUUGUCCUUCCCUGUGUAAAACAUUUUUAGCCACAUGAAAAUGCAAAUUGCAUCAGGUUAUGACAUUGGGCGCGUCGAAAUGACGUUGGGUAGUUUGUUUUCCAGUGGAAAAGAUUUUUCCUGCUGACUGACCUGCUUUGAUUACUGUGUGUGUGUGCGCGCGCCUUUUGCACUCAUACAUUGCUGCAGCUCCCUCCUCUGUGCCACACAGAGAUGUGGAUGUGGAGAUGUGCUUGAUGGUCUGGCAAUAAUUGUAAGGAUGUUGUGCAACCCGCCCCAUACGUAAAACUGGGAGUGAGACCCAGAUUACAUCUCCAGAAAAUGAGCAGCCGUACUCCUACUGUGAAAUAGUACUGAGGAGCAAAGACUCUUUCAGCUGCAUUAAACUCACCCACCCGGCUUUCUGUGGGGGAUAGUCAUAUCUGUAUAUUUAUUUUCCACUGGAAACUUUUCAGCUGCAUCAGAAAGUUCCCUAUGCAUGUUCCGAGGCUUUGUUUAAACAAAGAUGUUCAAGACAAGGCUUUUGAGAAGUUCUGUUUUAUCUGGUUGGAUGUACCCCACUUUCCCCCCUCUAUCCUGCUGGAAUUUGGAAGGAGUCACUGUAGGUUCUGAGGAUGAUGUCUGAUGCCAGUGAUAUGUUGGCAGCAGCCUUGGAGCAGAUGGAUGGGAUCAUUGCAGGCUCCAAGGCGCUGGAUUACACCAAUGGCAUCUUCGACUGCCAAUCGCCAACGUCUCCUUACAUGGGCAGCUUGCGUGCGCUACACCUGGCAGAGGACCUGCGGGCAUCGCUGGAGAUCAUGGGCACCGAGGAGCGAGAGAGCCUGCGCUGUCAAAUCCCCAACUCCACCUCUGAGUACCUGAUGGAGUGGCUGCAGGGACCCCUGACAAACGGACACAUUUCUCUCGGGGGUGAUGUCUACCAGGAGAGACUUGGACGAUUGGAGAGUGACAAAGAGUCGCUGAUCUUGCAGGUGAGUGUGUUGACAGACCAGGUGGAAGCGCAGGGAGAAAAGAUCCGGGACUUGGACCUGUGCCUUGAGGAACACCGGGAAAAGCUGAAUGCAACAGAGGAAAUGCUGCAACAGGAGCUGUUGAGCAGAACCUCUCUGGAGACGCAGAAGUUGGCCCUGAUGGCCGAGGUCUCCAACCUGAACAUGAAGCUCACCACUAUGGGGAAGGACCCGCUGGAAUUUGAUGAUGGGUUCAGGGACAGUGAGGGAUUGAUCCAGGAAAUCAGUGAGCUGAGGUACAGAGUGAAAGAAAUUGAGGACGAACGACUGCAAUAUGAGAAAAAACUGAAAUCCACCAAGUCUCUAAUGGCUAAACUCUCUAGCCUGAAAAUCAAAGUUGGGCAGAUACAAUAUGAGAAACAGAGGAAGGACCUCAAAAUCCAAGCCCUGAAGGAUGACUUGGGAACACUGAAGAGGCAGCUGGAAAACCGAGACGUAGAGCUGGAGAGACUGCAGGGCGAGGCGCACUUCCAAUCGACGGAAAGCAGGGAAGGAGCGGAGAAAGUCUCCCCCACAGAUGAGUCUUAUAAAAAGAAGCUGAAAGAAAAACACUUCGAAGUACAGAAAAUGAAGAAGGCUGUGGAGUCACUGAUGGCGGCGAACGAGGAGAAGGAUCGCAAGAUCGAGGAGCUACGACAGUCGCUAAAUCGCUAUAAGAAGGUCCAAGACAUGGUGAUGUCUGUACAGGGAAAAAAAGACAAGCUGAAAGAUGGGGACAGUGAUGAGACCUACAGUGACGCCUCUGCAUCUCUGAUGGCUUCUGUGGCUGCUGAGCUGGAGAAGCCGUCCUCCCCAAUUUUUGAGGACAUGAUCAGAAAAAGCCCAGAUGAGCGAGCACCAUGCCCCGACCUCCUCCAUGGAUCUCCAACCGUGUACAAGGCCUCCUCUGAGACGAACGUAGACAAGGUCCCUGGAGUCGACAGUACCUUGGCAGUGUCAAUUACCCAGGAAUCUGCACUGUGCGACAGUCUGCAGUCAGAAGGUAUUGCCAAGGCAGGCAGUGUGGACAACCUGGACAGCACUGAGAAGAGCAAAAGCAGCGACGCGGCCGACACGAUCGUCAGCUUGCCGCCCAAGUCUCCCACCCCCACCGAAGACGAAAGCUUCGGCUCCAGGAAAGCUCGCUCGUCGUUCGGUCGUGGCUUCUUCAAGAUCAAGGGGGGCAAAAGGACGGCCAGUGCACCAAAUCUGGACCGUGGCCGGAGCGCGAGCGUGCCGACGUUAGCAGAAACAGAGCGGGAGGGCACUGAGCACCUGGACCUUGCAGGAAUACCUCGCCGGACAAGUGACAGCGACAGCACAAACACCCUGCCUUCCUCGCCGGAGGGCAAGAAGAAAUCCAAGGGGAUCAAGAAGUUCUUCGGAAAGCUAAAGAGAAGUCAAUCCACGACCUUCAACCCCGACGACGACAUGUCCGAGACGGAGUUUAAGCGGGGUGGCGUGAGGUCCACCGCCGGACCCAGGCUUGGCUGGUCACGUGACCUGCAGAACACCAGAAACGAGUUGGACACGCCCUUUGCCAGGUGGACGAAAGAGCAGGUGUGCAGCUGGCUGCAGGAGCAGGGCCUGGGCAUGUACGUUCCUCAGGCCAGGCACUGGGUGCUCUCCGGGCAGACUCUACUGCAGGCGUCCCAGCAGGACCUGGAGAAGGAGAUGGGCAUCAAGCACCCCCUCCACAGAAAGAAGCUCCAGCUGGCCCUGCAGUCGCUGGGCUCUGAGGAGGAUGAUAACAAGGGCAAGCUGGACUACACCUGGGUGGCCAUGUGGCUGGAUGACAUCGGCCUGCCGCAGUACAAGACCCAGUUCGACGAGGGCAGGGUGGAUGGACGCAUGCUGCACUACAUGACUGUGGAUGACCUCCUGUCUCUGAAAGUGGGUAGCGUCCUCCAUCAUCUGAGCAUCAAACGGGCCAUCCAGGUGCUGCGCCUGAACCACUUUGAGCCGAACUGCCUGCGUCGGCGGCCCUCGGAUGAGAACAAUGUGACUCCAGCGGAGAUUUCUCAGUGGACCAAUCACCGGGUGAUGGAGUGGCUGCGCUCUGUGGACCUGGCAGAGUAUGCGCCCAACCUGCGGGGGAGUGGCGUCCACGGGGGGCUGAUGGUCUUAGAGCCCCGGUUCAAUGUGGAGACCCUGGCUCUGCUGCUCAACAUUCCGCCAAACAAGACCUUGCUGCGGCGUCACCUGGCCACGCACUUCAACCUGCUGAUAGGCCGUGAAGCCCAGCAGGCUAAGCAGGAGUGCCUGGAGGGACCUGACUAUGUGCUGCUCACUGCGACUGCCAAAGUGAAGCCCAGGAAGCUGACCUUCGGGACCUUCGGCAGGCUACGGAGCAAGAGGCACGAGGAGAGCGAGGAGUACAUCUGCCCCAUGGACAUGGAGAUGCCCAAGGGUAGCAGCUUUCUGAGAGGACACCGGAUCUAUGACGAUGAGCUGGACCGGCUAGAGCAGAUGGAAGAUUCAGAAGGAACUGUGAGGCAAAUUGGUGCCUUCUCUGAGGGUAUUAAUAACCUGACAAGCAUGCUAAAGGACGAUGAGCUCUUUAAGGAGCUGUCAGCGUGCUCACCUGGCUCCAGCAUGAUGGGUGAGGACUUGUGAGGGCAUCGCUGUCCCGACGCCGGCAGAGCGCUGUGAACAGGACGGACUGAACCCGCCUGAGCAUGAAAACGUGCCCUUCUACUUUGAGCCGCGGCCUUGCGAUGGCUGUACAUCCCGGAAUUGUUAUCGUUGAGCACAAUAGCUAUAAUUUAAAAUCAAACCAUUCACGUGUCCGGUCCUCGAGUAUCCUUACGCUGUCUGCAUUUGUUUUUUUGAUGACACUUUGUGGAAAGUCUUAAUUUUUCCCUCCUUUUUUCUAAAAGGCUUAGUUUUUCAGUUACCCUCUCCACCUACUGUUUCUCCUAAAACUGUUUCAGACAAGACACUUUUUUCUUAAACUGCCUACCAGCUGGUUACUGGAGACUUGUAAUGUGAGGUGUGCUUUUGUUUUUGCUUAUUUAACGAAGUGACAUUUAUAACUUUUGUAAGAUGGUUUUUAGCUCUAAAUUCUAGAAGACACUAGGAAAAACAUUGUGAAAAUUCACCAUUGUGUGAAGAGCCAUCAAGUCUGUAGUGCGUGGAAGGUGCCAAUGGACAUGUAAUAUUUUAACAAAUGUCGAUCUCCGACCUCCUAACGUGCCAAGGGAAUCUCUGCUUCAGAGCUGAGUGAAGGGUUUGCUUUGUACGUUGUAACACAGCAUUAGCCUUAAGUCACUACCGAAGCACACAAUGGAAAGCGACGUUAACAUCGUACACUAGCUGGGGAAUAGCCAGUCUUCUCAAGCCUCUUGCUCUCAGUGCUGUGCUUGUCCCCUGUGCUUGCUUUUUAGUUGCCUUGAGUGGUUACACGUUAAGUUUGUCACUCUAACGGUUUUCCCACUAUGCAAAAACAGGAACUCAGUUUUGAGUUGUUGCUGUUAAUUAUUAUUGAAGUCUGUAUUUUAAUAUUAUUAGGGUAGUUGUGGUCCAUGUAUAUGUAAUGUUAUUUUAAUGCAUAAUGUGCAUUAUUUAGCAUGUUUUAAAAGAAAGCAAUAAGAUGCUACCCAGCAAUACUUCUAUGCAGAUCCCAUUAACCGUCUAUGUAAGAACCCAUUUCUACCAUAUACUGUGAGGUUUUUAUGCAUUUUUAAAAAGUCAAUAAAAUUAACAAGUGUGUACAGUG